CGACAGUAGGGUUUUGGGGUCCUGAAGAGAGAGAACGAGUGACUGCGUAGUAUCAGCUUCGUCAUCAUCAUCCUCCUCCAUAUAUAAAUAGGAUCAAGAGGAGAGACAGGGUAAACCCCCAUUUUCGUCGCCAUGGUAGCUCCCCUCGGCUCUUGGAGAAGGUCGAAUCCCUCGGACAUGUCGCCGCCGCCAUUGAAGAGCUCCAUGACCUCGGUGGAGCUCUGAGACCUCGCUUCGUUCGGAUAAGGGGGCUCCUUCGAUCCUUCUCUUUCCUCAGAUGGGAAAUGAAGUUACUGAUGCAAAGAAAGACCAUGGAGCGAAAAAGAAGACACCGGAGCAGCUUCAAUUACUGGAGAAAUUCUACUCUGCGGAGAGAUACCCUAAUCAGAAGGCAAUGGAAGAGUAUGCUGCAUCUGUAAACUUGACAUAUAAUCAGAUCCGCAUAUGGUUUGUAGAAAGGAGAAGAAAAGAAAGAAGAGGGGAAGAACAAAAUAUCCUCGGUAUGAAGGACUGUCAGGGUGGUAGAAGAGUUCAUACUUAUGAAUGCAGUAGCAAAUGGUCUGUGAAUGGUCGAUUUCUCAAACAUAUGCAUAGGGUUUUAGGAGGGCAGAGUGCAGGGAGGAAACGCCUUAUGAGGUUGCAGAUUUUGUUUCCAAGGGAUUACAUUUUGAGGAAAGUUUUUCGCAAAGAUGGUCCUCCCCUUGGGGCAGAGUUUGAUCCUCUUCCCAACAAAGAGUUUGAUUAUCGUGUAGAUGCCAGAAGCCUUCGCUCCUGUCAUGACAAUAAAAAAACCACAAAAAAGAGAAAGAUCUUCGAGUCUCCUAUAGAAGAAACCAGAACUCCACCUGUGGAAAAUGUUCCUCCAAAGAAACAUGGCAUUGGUAAAGGUCUGAUGACAGUGUGGCAUGCGACAAAUGCGAACAAGGGAGACUUCCCUAUGAAUCUCAAUUUUUUGUGUCGAAGUACUGCUUUGGGGACUUUAAGUUCAAGUGCUGGAAGCAAAGAAACACUACCCAAAGAUUCCAGUCCUCGGAAGCCAGUUUCAAAACGAACUGCAGUACCCAAAAGGAUAGAGAAGAAGAGAAAACCUCCAUUGAUCAAAAGAAAGGUACCAUGUGGUAAAGCUGUAGAACCACAGAAAUCACAUGCAACUGAAUGUAAGCUCUCUGUUGAUGAAUGCCAAUCUUCAGAACUGGAAAAUGAGCUGUCAGUAUUAAUUGAUGAUGAGGAGCUAGAACUUGAGGAAUUACAGACAGGGCCUAAUCCAUUGAGAUGUUCGGCUCAUCUUGCUUCAAGCGGUAGACAUGAUUGCCCGCUCUGCAAAGACCUAUUGGCCAGGUUUCCUCCCCAAAGUGUCAAGAUGAAGCAGCCAUGUUCGACAAGACCUUGGGAUUCAUCGCCCGAACUUGUUAAAAAGCUGUUCAAGGUUGUGCAAUUCCUGUACUCUAAUUCUAUCAGUAUCGAUAUACAUUCCUUCACCUUCGACGAGUUUGCGCAGGCAUUCCAUGACAAGGACUCCAUGCUGUUGGGAAAAGUGCAUGUGGCUCUUCUGAAGUUGCUUUUGUUAGAUGUGGAAAGGGAAAAAUCUGGUGGAUUUAUUCCUCGACCUUCUAAGGAUUGCAGAUUCUUGCAUUUUUCGAACUUUGUUAGAGAACAGGAAUUUGAUGUAAAUUUCUGGUGUCAAUCCCUUAAUUCUCUUACAUGGAUUGAAAUACUGCGGCAAGUUUUGGUUGCAGCAGGUUUUGGUUCAAAAUGCAGCUCACUGCAAAGAGAAACUUUUGGCAAGGAGAGAAAUCAGAUGGUAAAAUAUGGCCUACGUCCCCGUACAUUGAAAGCUGAAUUAUUUUCUUUAUUAGCAAAGAAAGGAAGCAGUGGACUAAAGGUUUCAGAGCUGGCAAGAUCUUCUCAGAUCAUCGACCUUGACCUCCCCAACACAACAGAAGAAAUAGAGCAACUAAUAUGUUCAACUCUUUCAAGUGAUAUCACAUUAUUUGAAAAGAUUGCACCUUCUGCAUUUCGCCUUCGGGUUGAUCCUCACAUCAAGGGAAAAGAAUAUCCUCAAUCAGAUUCUGAUGAUUCAGGAAGUGUUGAUGAUGAAUCUCUGAAUGCCAGUACGAGCAGUAGCAGCGAUUCUGAUGAUUCUGAGGAUAUGGAUUCUUUCACUUAUGAGAGAAGAAUCCACAGGAAUGGGGCUCGAAAGAAGAAAACGUGCAAGAAGUUAACCAAAUAUAGUGAAAUUGAUGAGAGUAAUUCGGGAGAAGCAUGGGUGCUAGGGUUGAUGGAAGGAGAGUAUGCGGACCUAAGCAUUGAUGAGAAGUUGGAAGCUCUAGUUGCUUUGGUUGAUCUUGUUGGCAGUGCUGGUUCCUGUUUAAGAUUGGAGGAAUCGGCAAGAACAACAUCUGUCAUCCCAAAUGCACAGCAUCAGAGAUCAGGAGGAAAAAUAAAGAAGUCGCAGAACCAUCACCUAUUGUCAAGACCAACAAAUAGUGCCGAAGAAACUAAUCCGGCCCAAAAUCCUUUUCCUGCUGAUUCUUCUCCUACCAGGUCAAAGGGUUAUCAGAGGGGUCGAUCAACUUGCAAAAGAACUGCUUAUACCUCCAGUGACUCUGGAAGGAACAUAGAAGCUGCAGAAGUAUCUGGCCUAGUUGUACACCAACCACAAUCCAUUUAUCUAGGAUCUGAUCGUAGGUACAAUAAUUAUUGGCUUUUCCUUGGCCCUUGUACAACCAACGAUCCAGGCCACCGUAGAGUAUACUUUGAGUCUUCUGAAGAUGGUCACUGGGAGGUGAUUGAUACACCGCAGGCUUUACUUGCUUUGCUAUCUGUUUUAGACAGUAGGGGCAGGAGGGAAGCUCGCCUUGUCGCAUCUUUGGAAAAGAGGCAGGAAUUCUUAUGCCAAGCUAUGAAAAAUUUCAUACAAAAUGAAAAUGAAACCAGACGAAGUCAUGCAUCUGAUCCAUCUGACAUAACGACCAGUAGUGGAGAUGGAUCUUCUCCUGUUUCAGAUAUAGAUAACAUUGUAAUUCCGGAUUCCAUAAACGAUUUCUCCACCCCAUCUGGUGUUAUAGUUCUUGAACUUGGAAGGAAAAGCGAAGAAAAGAUGCAAAAGUGGGAGAGGCUGCAGGCAUUUGACAAAUGGAUAUGGAAUUCCUUUAAUUCAGUUCUUAGUGCUGUAAAAUACAGUAGGAGGUCAUAUAUGGAUUUGUUGUUUCGCUGUGAAAGUUGUCAUGAUUUGUACUGGCGAGAUGAAAAACAUUGUAGGAUAUGUCACUCAACAUUUGAGAUUGAUUUUGAUCUCGAAGAAAGAUAUGCUGUCCAUGCAGCAACAUGUAGGGAAGCAGAAGACACCUGCGAGUUUCCGAAGCAUAAAGUUCUCCCUUGUCAAUUGCAAGCACUCAAAGCGGCAAUUUAUGCAAUCGAGGUAGCAAUGCCCGAGAUGACAUUAGUCGAUUCGUGGAGGAAGUCUGCUCACAAGCUGUGGGUUAAGCGUCUUCGACGGACGUCAUCUUUACCAGAACUUCUGCAGGUUCUUACUGAUUUUGUCGGUGCCAUAAAUGAGGAUUGGCUGUAUGAAUGUGCCUCUACAGGCUCAAAUUCAUCUGUUGAUGAUAUCAUUAUCAACUUCCAGACAAUGCCACAAACAAUAUCUGCAGUUGCACUUUGGAUAGUCAAAUUGGAUACUUUAAUUGCUCCACAUUUGGAAAAAGCUCAUUCCGAUAGAACAGCAGCAAACAUGCAGUUAUCCAAACGAAAACGAGCCUCUACUAGGUAGUCAGGAAUCAAUUGGACCGAUUAUUUUGUGCAUCAGUAUCCUUUUAUGUAAUAAGCUGAUUUAACAUUUGGAGUGGAAAUGUUGGGUUACGGUUUGUCUCUACAGUCUCUCACGAGCAUGCUGGUCAUGCAAAGUUUGAGAGCUUCAUUGAUUCACCGCAGGCAUUCUGAUCUUUCAAAGGAUCACUUCUGAACUCCUAUUCCGGCACAUUUGGAGCUCACCUGGUUGCAGAAAGUGAUCGUUUAAUUUGCAGAAGACCAAUGGCUCAUGUACAACUAAUAUUGUGGCCCCAUACACAGCAAAAACAAAAUUUCUUGUGAAUAUUCAUUACUUCAUUUAUAUGGUUUAGCUACAGUUCUUUUUUGAUCCUUCAUAUUUUCUGCUGUUAAUUCAGCAUUUACUAGGAAAUAUGUACGGGGUGUCGGCAAUUUUGUAACCUGAAUAUCUAGUCUCUUGUUCGGUGAGUGUGUAAUGAAAUAAACGUGUUGCUGCUAGUUUUGUUGGAUCCGCGUACCGACUUAGUAGUGUUGAUUGGAAAUUUUGUUGUUGAAAGAAGUAGAAACGACUUGAUAGUAUUGAUUGGAAA